AUGGCGUCUCAAGCGUUUUGGAACCGUCUGACCGAAGAUACGGAUCAAUUUCCAGUUAAACUCAGCCUCUACAACACGUUAUUCUUGGCAUUGGUAAGUAUUUACAUUAUUAUUGUUAUGUUUUUUAGUUGGGAAUAUGUCUCUCUGGACUGUAUGCAUUGUUUCAAAUGUUGCACAUGUUUUUGACACCAAUAUUAUGGGCAAUAUUGGUUGGAACAGUGCUGUUUCCGUUGAAACGGACCGUUUCGAACAUUUUUGGAGGUAAGGAUCGGGAAGAUUGUUGAUAGACAAAAAAGACAAUUAGUUUAUAGUACUAAUUCAUGUUUAUAAGUUAGGGAAUACUGAUUAGAUAUUAACUAAAGAAAGAUUACAAGGUAUUAUCGUUGUACUUUACAGCUGCUGAUCAAUUUAUGUUAUUCAUUAACAAAUUGAUAAUAUCAUAUUAUGGUUUUUAAAUUGUUUAAAAAAUGUAUUGUUUUUUGCCGUUUUUUUGCUAUCAUACAUGGAACGAAGUGGCUAAACAAUUUUUAGUUUGAUUAGGCUUUUGUUUUUUAUUUGCUUGAUCAAAGUAUAUGAUCUAUGACUUAUUAUCAAUUCUUUUAAUCUAAGCUAUAAGUUUUGAUAAUUUUUAGGUUGGUUAAACCGUCUUGACGAACAAAAUACUCCAUUUUUGCUUGGAGUAGUUUUAUUGCCUUUAAACGCUUUUAAUUGGGCAGCUGACACUGUUUACAGCGCUGCUUUUAGGUAUGUUUUGAAACUUUUUGUUGGUUUUUAGGUAAUUUAAUUAAAUUGAUGAGUGAAUUGGAGUGGAUUUGAUAAAAAAUGGACUUUCAAGUGAAUAAUAUGUUAAUGUUGACACAAAGCUUUCUAAAAUACGUUUAUUUGAAUGAAAUGUAUAUUAUUUUAGUCCAAACGGGUACUACUAUCUUGGAGCUUAUGUCUUGAUCAAGAUUCUCAGUUAUGGCGGAACAUUCGUGUGGAUUUUGGGUGCAGUUGGAAGCACCUACUCGUUUUGUGAUGAAAUUUUGGCAUUCCUCAAUCAGAAUAGUGUUCGUAUGUUGGUAUCAGUCUGUGGAGUUACUUAUGCUGCAUGGAUCUUCGUACAGGAUUAUGAGAGUCUGCACAAGAAGAAAAAAUUUGCUAGAAGCUUGUCGUUGCCUAUUUGGUGAGGGUUUGGAAGCUUUUAAAUUUUGUAAAUUUAGGUAACAUUUGAAGUUUUUAGACAAAAUUUUUGAUGUUUAGGUAACAUUGAGGUCGUCGCCGAUAAUAGUACUGUUAUAUGAUUUUAGGAUAGUCGUACUGGCUUACUGUGCCGAUUUCUGUGGCCCACUCCGAGUUCUCGUGUUUGCCUGUUCAGGCGUUGCCUUAGGGUUGAUCUCAGCUGGCCUGAUCGGCAAAAUUCAUUUACACGAUAAUGGCGACAAAAUUGCUGAAAAAGUAGAAGAGAGCAUCGAAAAGGAAGAUGAGGCCAGAGAUGAAGAGUUUAAAGAAGAAAUUUAUGAAAGCGAGGUGGGUUACUGUAAUUUUUGGGGUUUUUAGGUAAUAAUUUAAUUUUUUUAAAAUUUUUUAUUUUUUAAAAAUACUAAUUAAAAUUCUGGGAAAUGUUUUGAUUUCAGAAGCAAAAGAUAGAACGAAAGCUUGAAGAAGCUCGUGAAGUUGAAGAUAGUCGUGUCGAUCACCUAAUAUCGUCUGAUACUCAUUUACGUGUUAUUACAGCGCUGUGUGGACUAUUGUUUGCUGCCAGACAUGAUUGGGUGGUUAUUGUACUGAUAGUACUCAUGGUACUUGGAAUGCUUAAAAAUGGAGGUAAACACAUAGUAUCAGUUGGAAAUGCAUGGUAUAGAAUGGUAUUGCCUGUUUUUUAUGUUACUAAUGCAUUCAGUAUACAGUAGAGUAACCUUUUGUUAUAGCUAUGAUACUGUAAUAAUUUUUUUCUAUAAAAACUAAAAAUGAAAUUUUAGCUGAAAGAACGGGAGCAACUGACUCAGUGAAACAGACGGUAAUGGGAAUUUACGGCAGAUUCAAGGAUAAUAUCAACAAGUUGGUGAAUAUUGUAGUAGCUGGAAGUUUACGCCAGUUUGUUCAUAUCUUGUUCACUAGCGAUAAAUAUGUAAGGGAACUUAUAUUUGAUAUUUUUUAGUUUUGUAGGCAUUUUAGCUGAUUUUUAUUGACCAAAAUUCUAUUUUUAUGAAAUUUUUUAUCUAAAUUUUAAUUUUUUGCUAUUUUUAAAAAUUUUUAUAUUUAAAUUUACAUUUUCAGCUGAUUGGAGGCCUAAAAGCUAAAGUUGAGCUGAUUUCUUCAAUUGUGGUCAUGAUAAUAUUGGCAUUUUCACUGUUUUUCUUUGUCAUCUUUACUGUGUUCCAAGUACACGCCGAAACUGUUCAUUUGGCCAGACUAACUACGAAUGUAGUGUCUUCGAAUCCGGAAUGGCUUCGAACGGCGUUGAAUUACACUGAUAGGCAGAUCACGGAAAAUAACAUCGAUGACUACAUUCAGGAGGUGGGUUUGGAAGCUUUUUGGAUUUUUGAGGAGAAUUUUUGGAGUUUUAUAGCUUUCUAAGUUAAAAGUUAGUUGUUUUGUAAAUACAUUGUUAAUAUUGAAACUUUCAGGGAUUCCUACAAGGCCGCCUUUGGCUAGCCUCCAAUAUUCGAAAGCUGGCUGAUCCAAAAGACACAAAACGUGCUGAUGAGCUCGAAGAACAGGCUAAACUUAUCGUUGACAAUUUAUAUCGUAUGUGGGAAGAACGGCAAGUCCCUAAUGCUACGGAUGGACAAGUAAUCUCUCGGCCAGAUCUCAUAACUCAACUUAUGUCAGCCUCGAACUUGGAGUCACUUAAACAAGAACUUACUGCCAUUAUCAAGGGGAAUAUCGAGACGGUUUUGAGUGUAAGUGGAAGAAACUUUGUUUACGGAUUGAUGUGGCAAGAACUUUCCUUACAAGACAAAAAGUGGCAACAACAUUCUUUACAAAACGAAAAAAACAAGAAUUAUCUUUAUAAAACAAUAAAUAGCAAGAACUUUAUUUACAAAACAAAAAAUAGCAAGAACAUUAUUUACAGUACUAAAACAUCAUUUUUCAGAUUGCCCAAUCAGUUUGGACGGUAGUACUACUCAACGUAUCUCUACUAUCGAACGUUUUUGUUUCCGUUUUUGGCCUCAUUCUCAACUUUGGCUUCGAAUUACUCAACUUCUUUAUUGAGAUCAUUGUCUUUUUGACUGCUGUAUAUUAUCUAUUGGCCUCAAGCACAGAUCAAUGGCUACCACUACAUUGGAUUUCGAAAGCCACGCCAAAGCUACAAGGACAGAAUGGCCAGUUGAACAUUGCUAAGGCUAUUGAAAGCGCGAUUAGGUGGGGGGGGGGUUUUAUGGUUUUGAAUUCUUUUUGAAAUUUAAAUUUUUGGAUUUUCAAAUUGAAAAAUAUUAAAAAUUUGAAAAAAUUUUUUGAGUUUUUAUCGAAUUUUGAUAUCAAGUAUAAUAUAAUUUUUGGCAUUUUCAGUGGUGUAUUUGUGUUAUCAGCCAAGAUGGCGAUAUUUUAUGGACUAUACACUUAUUUUGUACAUAUGCUAUUCGGCUUGAACAUUGUCUUCGUACCUUCAUGUAAGUUUAAAACAAUUUAAGUACUAUUAGUAGUAGAUUGGUAGUGAUUUUAAGCCUAAAAACCGUUUUAAGGGUUGUUAGGCUUAAGGAAAAUUAAAAAUAUCAUUAUAACUCGGAAAAUUUUCAGUGGUAGCAGCAAUGUUCGCCGCCGUUCCCAUCGUUCCACCAUAUAUCGUGGCCGUCUUUGGCCUAAUUGAACUGUAUUUGGUAAGAGGAGAAGGUGCAGCUACAGUAUUCUUUGCCGCCGCCAGUGUGGCACCAUUAAUGUUUGCUGAUACGGCGUUUUACCGUGAAGUCAAGUAAGUGGAAAUUAAGUUUUUUCUAUUUUUUGUUUUGGAAACAAAGUUUUUGUAAUUUUUUGUUUUGUAAAGAAAGUUCUUGUAAUUUUUCAUUUUGUAAAGAAAAUUCUUGCCAUUUCUAAUUUUGUAAAGAAAGUUUUUGCAAUUUUUAUGUUGUUUUCAUAAUUUUUCACUAAUACUUCCAUUUUCAGAUCAUCACACCCGUAUGUGACAGGCCUGGCCAUCAUCGGCGGUAUCACCUGGAUCGGCUUGGAAGGCGCCGUGAUUGGGCCGAUCAUCUUGUGCUGCUUCUUGAUCCUGAUCGAAGUUUUCGUCGAAUAUGCAAACAAAAAGUGA